AUGGACGAACAUUUUACAUGGCUUGACGAAUUACAAUUUAACCCUUUGAACAAUCAACAAACUUACAUUACAAAACAAGAUUUUCUCUUACUGCACAAAAAGAUUGUGGCUACAGAUCUAAUAGUCAAUCGUUAUUUAGAAGCAAAAAAAGCAUUACAGUCCUUACAAAAUGAAAAUGAUCAAUUGAAACAACGACUUGAUUAUGUUACAAAUGAGUGUUGCUUAUUUGGAAAACAAAUUGCUCAGUGUACAGAUGAAUGUGAUGCAUUAAAAAGGGGUUAUGAUUUACUGAAUGAAGAGAAAAACGACUUGGAAAAAGAUUUUGGAAUAAUAAAAGAUCAAAAUACGGCGUACUAUCAUGAACUAAUGGUUGUGGACCAAUAUCAUUCAUUGAAAGAAACAAAUGAACAAUUAACAAAAGAGCUAGAACGUUGUAAAAAAGAAAAAUCAAAACUUGAUUGCAAACUACAACGAAGCGUAUAUAAUAACACAAAUGACCCAUAUCAAACUGAAACUGCUUUGAAAAUGUCGAUGAAAUCAAUACGUGAAUUGAAACUUGCACUAGGGCGUUUAGUGAACUUUUUACAAACAGAAAAAAUUGCUAUUCCCACAUCUCUACAUAUUCGUCCGAUAUUAAACGCUCACACAAUUGACUAUGGUAAGUUUUGAGGAUAAAGGACGGAGGAGGAUAAGCGAGUGUCGAGCACCCCAAUAAAACUCAAUGAAACUUACAUAUUCGGAAUCAGCGUAAAAUUAUGAGUAUUUUAGCCGUCUCACUUUUCCAAAAAUCGCAUUUGGAUUUUUAUCGAAAAAUUUAAGGGCAAAGGUAUCGAAAAAAGUUUUUCCUCUAAAAUUUUCGAAACACACCUUUUCUGACUCAGAAUUCUGUGCUGAUCACGAAUAUGGGUCUAAAGUUAGAAAAAGUAAACAUUUCGUGAAGUCGAAUGCCAAAAACUGAAGGUUGGUCAAGGUCAGUCCAAUUGAUAGUUUGCAGGUUUUAACUAAGCAAGAGUCAUUCAAAAACUUGAAACUAAACAGUUAUCGGUGAAAAUAGUUGCUCUAUCCAAAUAUGUAAACAAAAAUGCAGUGUGAGCGUAUUUUGAGCAAAAAUAUUAAGAAAAAGAGGAAAAAUAGUCAAAAAUCUAGCAUACAAAGUCUAGCAUGUAAGUUUCACAUUGGUUCAAGAAUUCGUUUGGAAUGCAGAGGCGACACAGUGAAGGAUUGUGGCCGAUUUUUGACUAUUUUUCCUCUUUUUCUUAAUAUUUUUGCUCAAAAUACGCUCACACUGCAUUUUUGUUUACAUAUUUGGAUAGAGCAACUAUUUUCACCAAUAACUGUUUAGUUUCAAGCUUUUUGAAUGACUCUUUC